UAGAAUUUUAAGAAAUUAGGAAAUAUAUAAUGAGGUGUUUAGAGUAUUUACAGUAAAUAUGACUGAAAAGGUUUAAAGUUGCUCCUUAUUUUUACAACAUGCAUAACAGAAAUUUUUGGUUAUCAAUAAAAAGCAGCACAUUUUAAUUAAUUAUGGAUUUAAUCAUGGCAGAGCGGUCAGAGUUGCUGACCCUGUCCACCGCCUACACUGGACAGGUGAUCAUCAGAACUGGACCAUGGAGCAAUGGAAGAAGGUGGCCUGGUCUGAUGAAUCACGUUUUCUUUUACAUCACGUGGACGGCCGGGUGUGUGUGUGUCGCUUACCUGGGGAAGAGAUGGCACCAGGAUGCACUAUGGGAAGAAGGCAAGCAGGUGGAGGCAGUGUGAUGGUCUGGGCAAUGUUCUGCUGGGAAACCUCGGGUCCUGGCCUUCAUGUGGAUGUUACUUUGACACGUACCACCUACCUAAACACAGCUGCAGACCGAGUUACACCCCUUCAUGGCAACGGUGUUCCCUAAUGGCAGUGGCCUCUUUCAGCAGGAUGAUGCUCCCUGACACACUGCAGAAACUGUUCAGGAGGUUUGAGGAACAAAGAGUUCAAGGUGUUGACUUGGCCUCCAAAUUCCCCAGAUCUCAAUCCGAUCAAGCAUCUGUGAGAUAAACAAGUCUGAUCCAUGGAGGCUCCACCUCACAACUUACAGGCCUUAAAGGAUCUGCUGCUAACGUCUUGGUGCCAGAAACCACACACACCUUCAGAGGUCUUGUGGAGUCCAGGCCUCAGAGUCAGAGCUGUUUUACUGGCACAAGGAGGAUCUACACAAUAUUAGACAAGUGGAUUUAAUGUUAUGGAUGAUCACUGUAUAAUGGCCAUUUAUUUAUUUAUUUAUUUAUUUAUUUAUUAUUGGACUGAAAGUAAGAGCGAGAGAGACGGCGGUCCAUCAGUGAUGAAUAUUUUAUUUAGUACAGUACACUACAUUUCCAGUGAUUGUGCUGCUGCUUUUUGUUUUUAUUGAUUUCCCAUAAUGCACCAUUGUCAGCUCUCUCUCUCUCUCUCUCUCUCUCUCUCUCUGUUUUGAAUAAGUCUCUCGCUCAUUUGCCUGUUCGACUUUGUAUCUCUGCUUCUAUCUGGCCAUCUAUGGGAUGGAGUGAUAGCCGAGGACCCAGGCAGGCAAAUCCUAAUCAAAUCCAGUGUGUGUGUGUGCGUGUGUGUGUGUGUGUGUGUGUGUGUGUGUGUGUUUGUGUGUGUGUGAGUGAGUGAGUGAAACACUGGUGUCAGGAGGAAGGGGAAGAUCAGGGAGAGUGUAUUGUUGGGAGAACAGCGCACUUCCGAAGCGUUCUCCACGAAGCUGAGCUGAAACACACCUCACUUACAGAUCUGUCAUUAACAUCAGGACUUUAAAACUCGCUCUGAAGUGUUCAGUUUGAAGAUGGAGCAAACAUUCAGAGCCGUCACACGCACUCCGGGCAUCAUCAUCUGGAGAAUCGAGAAAAUGGAGCUGGUUCUCGUCCCGGAGAAAACUCAUGGCAAUUUUUUCGAAGGCGACUGUUACCUUCUGCUGUGUACGAAGAAAUCGGGCAGUACGCUGACGUACAGCAUUCACUACUGGAUCGGGGCCGAGGCGAGUCAGGAUGAACAGGGCGCGGCUGCUGUUUACGCCGUUCAGCUCGACGACUUUCUGGGCUCGAGUCCCGUCCAGUACCGCGAGGUCCAACACAACGAGUCCAACACCUUCUGUGGAUACUUCAAACAGGGAAUCAUUUAUAAAAAAGGCGGCGUGGAUUCGGGAAUGAAACACGUGGUGACGAACUCGAGUGACGUUCAGAGACUGCUGCAUGUGAAGGGACAGAGGAAAGUCUCCGCCAAAGAGGUGGAAAUGAGCUGGAACAGUUUUAAUCUCGGAGACGUUUUUCUGCUGGACAUCGGAAAAUCGAUUAUCCAGUGGAACGGUCCGAACAGCAACACACAGGAGCGACUGAAGGCGAUGUUGUUGGCGAAGGACGUUCGUGAUCGUGAGCGUGGAGGACGUGCUGAGAUCGGGGUGAUCGAGGGCGACGCGGAGGACAAAUCCGCGUCCUUAAUGGAGGUUCUGUGUAGCGUGAUCGGACAGCGACCCGCGAGUCUCCCGGCCGGAACCUCCGACGAAAAAGCGGAUCAGGAACAAAUGUCUCAGGUCACGCUGUACCAUGUGUCUGACGCUGAUGGGGAAAUGAAGGUGAGAGAAGUCGCCAGCAGGCCUCUGGUGCAGGAUUUAUUAAAUCAUGAAGACUGUUAUAUAGUGGAUCAGGGAGGAGUGAGGCUGUUCGUGUGGAAAGGGAAAAAAGCGAAUAAAGCUGAGAAACAGGCGGCGAUGUCCCGAGCUGUGGAGUUUAUUAAGCAGAAAGGUUAUCCUCUCAGCACUAACGUGGAGGUGGUUCAUGACGGAGCUGAAUCCGCGCUGUUCAAGCAGCUGUUCCAGAGCUGGAGUGUUAAAGAUCAGACUGUGGGGAUGGGACGCACAAACACCGUGGGCCGAAUCGCCAAAGUGACGCAGGAGAAGUUCGACGCCACGACGCUGCACGUGAUGCCUGAAGUCGCCGCUCAGCAGAGGAUGGUGGACGACGGAAGUGGACAGGUGCAGGUGUGGAGGAUUGAGAAUCUGGAGCUGGCUGAAGUGGACGCUAAUCUACACGGUUAUUUCUACGGAGGCGACUGUUAUCUCAUCUUAUACACGUAUGAAGUUAACGGCAAGAAGAACUACAUCCUGUACAUGUGGCUGGGUCGUCACACGUCUCAGGAUGAGAUGACGGCGUGUGCGUUCCACGCGGUGACGGUGGAUCAGCAGUACGAUAACCAGCCUGUUCAGGUGCGACUGACCAUGGGCAAAGAGCCGCGCCACUUCAUGGCCAUGUUUAAGGGCAGGAUGGUGGUGUUCGAGGGAGGAACCUCCAGAAAGUCGGAGAGCAACGAGGAGCCCCCGAUGCGUUUCUUUCAGAUCUCUGGAACCGAUUCGUCCAACACCAAAGCGAUCGAGGUUCCAGCUGUAGCGGCGUCUCUCAACUCUAACGACGUGUUUCUGCUGAAGAGUCAGAGCACAGUGUUCCUGUGGUACGGCAAGGGCUCGAGUGGAGAUGAAAGAGCGAUGGCUAAAGAGGUGAGCGCUUUCCUCGGCAGAGGGCUUUCUGAGGAAAUCAUGGCUGAGGGACAGGAACCCAUCGAAUUCUGGCAGCUUCUGGGAGGAAAAACUCCGUAUGCAAACGAAAAAAGGCUGCAGCAGGCCAUGACCGAUCAUCAGCCGCGUCUGUUCGAGUGCUCGAAUAAAACAGGAAAGUUCAUCGUCACUGAAAUCUCUCAGUUCACUCAGGACGACCUGAACGAGACCGACGUCAUGCUGCUGGACACCUGGGAUCAGGUGUUCCUGUGGAUCGGAGCUCAGGCGAAUGACACGGAGAAGAAGGAAUCCAUCACCACGUGUCAGGAAUACUUACGCACGCAUCCCGGAAUGCGAGACCCCGAGACUCCCAUCGUUCUCAUUAAACAGGGCUUCGAACCUCCGACCUUCACCGGCUGGUUCCUGGCCUGGGACCCGAGCAAGUGGAGUGGCGGGAAAACUUACGAGCAGCUGAGGGAGGAACUGGGCGUGGUCACAGACGCGGUCAACAUCGCCACGGCAGCAGGACUCGUUAACGGAGUGAGCGGUGAUCAGAGCAGCUCUGCAGACGAGGACAAUCGAGUGUAUCAGCCUUUUCCUCUUGAGGAACUCAUCAACAAAUCAGCUGAGGAGCUUCCAGAGGGAGUCGACCCCGCCCGCAGAGAGAAACAUCUGUCAGAUGAGGAUUUCGUCUCCGUAUUCCAGAUGUCUAAAGCUGAGUUUAACGCUUUGCCGCAGUGGAGGCAGCUGGACAGCAAGAAGAAACACGGAUUAUUUUGAACUCUUUUGUGUUUUGUGUUGAUUUAUCCAGCGAUGUUGAAUUUCCACUGCUGUAAAGAGUUAGCGUACAUGCUAGGAGUUAGCAGAAAUGUGUCAAAACAGUGAAACACUAUUCUAUAUAUGUGUGUAAACUUUACAGUUUUAGAAAGUAGAUUAGCUGUACUGAAUUAUAUACAGAGUCGAUUAGAGAAUGAGGAUCUUAUUUUAUUUAUUGUCUCUCAGGGUUUAUGGGGAUUAUCACAGAUUACAGAACUUUAAUGCUUUUAAAUAAUAUAGAAACAUCUGUAUGAAGUAUGUUUAACCCUCAGUGCUAAAUGCUAGCAUGUGGAGUCGUACUGUAGUGUUAUUGAUAAAACAGCUUCAAGAUCUUAUUUAAUAGUCUACAGAUCGUAUCUAAGCUAAUAAAACUGAAAUGUUAUAAUGCCGUAACACACAACAUUAACGCUGUGCCAGUUUAUUGAACGUUAAACACAAAAGUUCUGUUAAUUAUAUAGCACUAGAGUGGAUGAAAUCCAGGCCUGCUGUAGCCGGAGUCAUAUUUGUGAACUCCGAUUCCUGAGUCUCGUAAGAAUAAAACUCAUUUUAUAAAAGAGUGUAUUGUAGGCUUCCUGCGCUCACAUGUCUGACCAGAAAUGCAAAUACAUAGGGAUGCAAAAUGAAGCAAAUUUAUGCAAAUGAUUGCUUCUAGGUGACACACACACACACACACACACACACACACUGGUACUGAACAGUGCAACGGCUCUGUGGCUUCACACUUUAUUCAUAUGUACUUUACAUAACCAUGAUGAUGUUGCUACUGUGUUUUAUUGUGGAUGUUCAAACUGUCUGAUGAUAAAUAAAGAAAUAAAACUAUA